UACUGGGAGUUUUCUUGUUAAUUUUUGAAGAAAUAUGAGGCGGACGCCGUGUUGUGACUCGGAAAGCUUGAAGAAAGGGCCUUGGUCUCCUGAAGAAGAUGAGAUGCUCGUAAAUUACAUUAACAAACAUGGCCAUGGAAGCUGGCGUUCUCUUCCUAAGCUUGCAGGUCUUCAUCGUAGCGGCAAGAGUUGCAGGCUUCGAUGGACGAAUUAUCUUAGGCCGGACAUAAAGCGCAGUCCCUUCACCGUUGAGGAAGAGAACCUUGUCAUUCAGCUUCAUGGCAUCCUUGGAAACAGGUGGGCUGCCAUUGCUUCUCGAUUAGCAGGGCGAACCGACAACGAGAUCAAGAACCUAUGGAACACACACCUGAAGAAACGCCUAAUUCGCAAUGGUCUUGAUCCGAAGACUCACGAGCCAAUCACCCCAAGCGAUCCAACAACUGCGGCACCUACCUCUCCAGCCACCCGUCAUAUGGCUCAAUGGGAGAGUACUAGACUCGAAGCCGAAGCUCGCCUUUCACAGGAGUCAUCGCUCUUCAAAUCCAACUCUGAUUAUUUCCUACGGUUAUGGAAUUCUGAAGUUGGAGAAUCAUUUCGAAAGCUGAAUAAAAAGAAGAUAAAUCUAUAUGUCAAAGCCCCAUCUUGCAAACUACUUCAUCUGUUACAGUUGACAGUUGCCCCAACAUAGCUGAAAGCAAUCAAGUUGAGGAUAUUGAAUGCAAGAGAUUCAAGUCAUGCACCGAGGAUCCGAUCAAUGCAUCUAACACAUCGUGUUCAAACAAGUCAGAUGAUUCAUCAGAUACCGCACUGCAAUUUCUGUUGGAUUUCCCCA